AUGACGAACCACACACUAAUGUGUAAAUAUCUUAAUAUAGCUGAUAGUUAUUUUAAUGGUAAAGAUGUCAAAACGAAGAUAAUUAACAAAGACCCAACCAUCAAAGGAUAUUGUCGUGAUAAUAGUUGUAAAACAAAUGAAGCUGGUAUUAAUGCUGUGGCCGCAUAUAUAUUUAACCAAUUCAAAAUGUCAAUAUACGAUGAAGAGUAUAAUAAGUAUGAUGAAUAUUUUUUGAUGUGGCUAAGUGAUAAAUUAUUUAAGAUACGUGACAAAAGCAAAGACAAAAAGACUCAAAAAGGCUAUGUCGAUCCUAUUACUUUAAAUAGUGCUUAUGAGAAGUAUUUAAAGAAUCAUAAAGGAACGUUCGAUUAUUGGGUUCUUUUUGAUCAUAUAAAGGGUUUGAAAGAAGCUAAUCUUAGGUAUAUGGCCGAAUUUUAUUUAUUACUUAAUAGAAUAUGUAAAACAAUUGUAUAUUAUGAAACAAACGAUACCGAAAGUAUGGAACUUUCUAAUUAUUUUAAAAAAUGCCUUAUUCAAUAUAGAACCCUUUAUAUGAACAUUUCUGAAUGCAAUUCAUAUCUUCAUUUAUUGAAAAAAUUAAAAGGUAUAUAUGAUGAGUUUAGAGAUUCUGCUAUUAAGAAAAUUGAUUCAGAAAAUAAAUUAGCAACUUAUCUUGAAAAACUUACAACACAAGAUGGAGUAGAGAUAAACGGGGCGAAAGGCUUUAUAUCAUAUAAAUUCCCUAAAAAAAAAUGUAAUUCCCUCGAUAAAAAAUCGGCCUCAGUACAAUUACAAUCUUCUUCAAAAGAAGAAUCACCGCUACCACAAGAGCCAGAAAAAAAAGAAUCAGCACCACAAUCAUCAGAGUUACAACAAACACCAACACCAACACCAUUGCCAGCCCCACCUCAGGCGCAAAAACAAGAUUCACCAUCUAAACCACCAUCCCCUGAACAAUCAAAAGAUCAACCGAAUGAGCAAAAAGAUUCAGAUGGCUUAGGUAAUGAUGGAGAUGGGACGGAUAGUGCUCCAGUAGGAAAAGAAAAUCAAAGUACGCCAGGGGAGCCUUUUAAUACUGGACCAUUAAUUUUUAGUAUCUCAUUAAAAGGCAUGGAGAAAUUAAAUGAUGGAAUUACUUGGUUUGAAAUGAUUAAGAAUAAAUUUAUAUGCGCAACCAAACAUAUACAUAAUUUAUAUAAUACAACUUUACCUAGUAUACAAAAUGCUUUCAAUAAAUCAAUUAAUUUUUCUAAUCACAAUAUUAAUAAUAUAAGUACCGAUUCUAAGCAAGUAAAGCCACAUGCUGAUUCAGAUGAUAAUCAAUCUGAAUCAGGCGGAGCAGGGGAUGAUACAUCACCCCCCAAAAAAGAUUCAGAACAAACUCAAGAACCACGAGAGUCCCAUGACUCAUCUGAAAACCACAAUUCUGAUAAAAACGAUCAAGAAUCUGAAAAACCGGUGGAAGUCCCAGUGGUUAAAUCAGAAAAUCCAGGAACCGAAACAAAAGGAAAUGGAACAAUAGGAAUAGGUGAUAUAUUUAUAUUCAAAGAAUUCAAAAAAAUUGGAAUUCCAAUUAUAGUUAUUAUAAUAUCCAUUACUUUAGCUAUUAUGUACAAGUUUUUGGUAUUUGAACGGAGAAAGAAAUUAAAAAGAAAAAAAAUGAAAAAAGUUACAAAUUUGUUUGGUGUAAAUAAAACGACAUGA